AUGGUAAAGGCGUAUGUACUGAUAGAGGCGAAAGUUGGGGCUUCACAGGGUCUUACGAAUGCCUUGAAUCGUAACGCAAGCGUCGUGAGCGCGUCUCGCGUCACCGGACCUUACGACGUCAUCGCGGUCGUGCAAGAGGAAGACCUGAACAAGGUGCAUGAACUGAUUACCGAGCAGAUCCACCACUUGGACGGAGUGCUGCGAACAACCACGAGCGUUUCGGUAGGAUAG